GCGCCGCGGCUGCGGAGACGUGAAGCCCCCCGGGUCCGCGCUCCACCUCGCUGUCCGCUCCCCCGGCCCCCAUGGAGAAGACGGAGCUGAUCCAGAAGGCCAAGCUGGCCGAGCAGGCCGAGCCCUACGACGACAUGGCCACCUGCAUGAAGGCCGUGACGGAGCAGGGCGCUGAGCUGUCCAACGAGGAGCGCAACCUGCUCUCGGUGGCCUACAAGAACGUGGUCGGGGGCCGCCGGUCCGCCUGGAGGGUUAUCUCCAGCAUCGAGCAGAAGACCGACACCUCGGACAAGAAGCUGCAGCUGAUCAAGGACUACCGGGAGAAAGUGGAGUCCGAGCUGAGGUCCAUCUGCACCACGGUCCUGGAAUUGUUGGAUAAGUAUUUAAUAGCCAGUGCAACUAAUCCAGAGAGUAAGGUCUUCUAUCUGAAAAUGAAGGGAGAUUACUUCCGGUACCUUGCUGAAGUUGCUUGUGGUGAUGAUCGGAAGCAAACGAUAGGUAAUUCCCAAGGAGCUUACCAAGAGGCUUUCGAUAUAAGCAAGAAAGAGAUGCAACCCACACACCCCAUCCGGCUGGGGCUGGCUCUUAACUUUUCUGUGUUCUACUAUGAGAUCCUCAAUAACCCGGAACUGGCCUGCACACUGGCUAAAACGGCUUUUGAUGAGGCUAUUGCAGAACUUGACACACUGAAGGAAGACUCGUACAAAGACAGCACCCUCAUCAUGCAGCUGCUGAGAGAAAACCUCACAUUGUGGACAUCAGACAGUGCAGGAGAAGAAUGUGAUGCGGCAGAAGGGGCAGAAGACUAAGUGCAUACAGGGUGUCACCUUUCUCGCCCUUGAAAGCUUUUCACUCGUCUCCAUUCCUUAUUCCAUUUGGAUUUCCUGUAGCAAAGAAACCCAUUCAUGUGUAUGGACUCAGCUGUUUAUAGUCUUUUCACACUGCAGCUUUGGGAAAACUCCAUUCCUUGAUUUGUGUUUGUCUUAGCCUUCCUGGUGUGCAGUUACUGCUGUAAAAAAGUAUUAAUAGCUUCAUUUCAUACAAACAUAAGUAACUUCCAAACACUUAUGUAGAAGACUAAAAAUGUAUCUGGUAUUUAAGUAAUCUGAACCAGUUCUGCAAGUGACUGUAUUUUGUAUUAUUGUGAAGAUAUGAAAAUGUAGCUAAUUACAAUUUAAAGAGUGUUCUACAUAACUUCUUAAUUUCUACAUUCCCUCCCCUUACUCUUCUUCAGAGAUUUCCUUUCAGUAAGCAACUUUUCCAUCCUCUUAAUGUAUUCCUUUUUAGUAGGAAUCCAGAAGUAUUAGAUUGAAUGGAAAAGCAUUUGACAUUUUGGGGCUGGGGGGGAUCACAGAUUAAAAUGCCUCCUGUAUCAUAUAUAUGUGAUGGAGGACUUGUGUAUCUGUGACAACAGGGAGUUUCCUUAUUCACUCUUCAUUUGCUGCUGUUUGAGUUGACAACUUCCCUUCCCAAUAAAAACUCACUUACACCUCCUGCCUUUGUAGUUAUGGUAUUCACUUUACUAUGUAAUAGAAGUAGCAUGUUGCUGCCAGAAUACAAGCAUUGCUUUUGGCAAAUUAAAGUGCAUGUCAUUUCUUAAUACAUUAGAAAGGGGGAAAAAGCACACAGUCCAGUCUAAAACAUUAGUACUUUUCCAUGCAGAUUUGUGCACAUGUGAGAGGGUGUCCAGUUUGUCUAGUGAUUGUCAUUUAGAGAGUUGGACCACUAUUGUAUGUUGCUAAUCAUUGACUGUAGUCCCA